CCAACUGCUCUUCUUACUGGACAAUAUUUGAUAGUUUUCAGUGAAGAUUGUCAUGCAUAUAUUAGUUAUUUAGGCGACGUACGAUCUGCACAAUCCUGUCCUCGUUUCUGCUGUGGAUCUUGUGUGAAUCGAUACUGCUGCUCUAAUAUAUUACUAAAAUUUGACGAACAAAAUUGCAAUCAGCGUAAUCAAAGGAUGCCUGACAUAGAAGACUCUCUGAAAGCUUUAAAGAAGUUAAGCGAGAAUCUGAGGGUCUCUGACUCGCAGAUUUUUGAGGAUCCUGAUGAUUUCUUAGAUGCUCCUGACCCCAGUUUUGGAACCCUUAUUGCCAUUGGAGUUACUGUUUUUGCAGUGAUUGUCAUUACUAUUAUUCUGUGCCUCACAUGUUCCUGUUGCUGUCUGUACAAAGCGUGUCGAAGACCACGGCCUGUGGUGACCACCACUGCCACCACGGCGGUGGUUCACUCUGCCUAUCCCCAACAACCAGCAGUGCCACCCAACUACCCUGCAGCUCCAUAUCAAGGCUACCAGCCCGUGGCUAUCCAGCCCCAGCCGGGGAUGCCAGUGGCUCCAUACCCUGCACAGUACCCUCCUCCUUACCCCAUGCAGCCAGCAGGACCCCCAGCUUAUCAUGAAACUGUGGCAGCUGGUGCUGGAGCCCCUUACCCCACCCAGCCCCCUUACAACCCUGCUUAUGUGGAUCCUCAGAAGCCCACCCAUUGAAAAGCUCUUCUACUGUGCUUCUGCAUACAAAACUUUUCAGAAUAUAAUUUGUUCUGUUUACAACAUGCCACCUGUACUAUAUUUUUCUGGAAGACAACAAUCUUUUGUCUAAGUAGAGUGAAAAUCAGUUCGGUAUCUUCUUUAUUUUAAUGCUCCAAGGAAGGAGUAUUUUUCUUGCAGAAGUUAAUUUAUACCUCAAGCAAAUACAAAAAGAGAUUUUGUUCUAGAUACAAUGAGAGAAGUGAAGGAGUAUUUCAGAAAUACAGAACCACAAUACCAUUUGCUGUGCAAUAAUUUUGAGAGGAAUGGUCUAAAAUGAGCAUUGUCAAAUACCCAAAGCUGUAGCAAUCUUUUGCACAGUAUUAAAAUGUAAAAACCUCUAAGAAACUACCUGAUGCAUGUUAUGUAAGUUCUAACUGUUUUGAAGCUACUAUUGUUAGGUAAGCUAUCAUUUAAUAUCAUUUGAUUUACCAUUCAAAAGGGAAUUUUCCUUUUUUGCAACACAUUUACCUUUGGUAAGGGGUAGUAAGCCAUGUUUGUCUUUGAGCUAGUUCUAAAUAGCACGUUAUUUCCUUGUUUUCUGUUCCAGUUUUAAGGUGUUAUAACUCCAUUGGGUGUUAUCACUAGAAAUUAACAGACUCUCUGCCACUUAAUGGACCAAAUAGAUCAAAAGCUGAAAUCCUGAAAAUUCUUCAUAAAAAUUAUUGGGUGAGUUUUUCAUGUUUAGGUAGUAUUGGACAAGCUUACAGCCACCUGUUGCUAAUGAGUUUGGAAUUAAAAUCAGCCCCUUAAUCGCUCGUUAAGCAAAGGUACCUUAGCAUUCAGUCCUGCCUCAUCACAGAGAAGGAAUUUAUUUUACAGGAGAGAUGGGAUGUCAGCAGAAGAUUGGGGUUUUCAAAUGCUCAGGGUUUUUCCACUGUCUCUUGUGGGAACUGUAGGUGGCAGGAGCCCAAGAAUUACAGACCUUUAUAAAUCCAGUCUGCUUUGGAGUAACAAUAUGCUAGGUGAGGGGCUAGGUGAGGACUUUAAACCUCCCUUUUGUCUUCAACAUUCCCAUAAAGCUGAGCAGAGAAUGAGAAGUCAGGAAAAGGAAGGAUUUGGUCACAGCCAGGUAAUGUAUUUUUGAGAAGGUAAUGCUUUCAGUCAUGAAACAUCUUGAGACAUCCUCAGGACUGUUAACACUGCUGGGGCUUUAGGCUUUAUGAAUCUUUUAUUGCU